AUGUCUGACUCUGUGAUAGAGUUCUUGGAAACUAAAGAUACAGAAUUGCGCAACAAGCUCAUUACAUCAAAACAUGACAUAGCUUACAUUACUUACUUACUAUUAAUACUUUCAAAUGUCAACACAGCAAUAUCACCUCAGCUGGAAGAAGAACUAACAGAAUUGACAACGAACGAGGAAAUAAAAAUAAAGUUCAAAAAUGGCUAUCAAGAAUGUUGGCUACAAAAUCCGAUCCCGCAAUCGUACCCUGGAUUCCUGUCAAUCGUUCAACGAUUCUUGACAGCAUUCCCAUCGUCAUAUUUGUGUGAAGGCGGAUUUAGUGCUGUGGCAACGCUGCUUACUAAAAAGGGAAAUGUUUGCAUGCAACGUGGCGACUUGUGGCUGUUCUUGA